CGGGCGUGUCCUAGAUGUGGUCAGUGCUCGAAAUUUCGCACAAAAUUAACACUUACUUAGAGUGCAGUUCACUCUGCAUAUAGACUAAUGUCCAAUUUAUUUUCCUGCUGAUCAUUACAGUAUAGCUAGUUAGUUGUGAAUACAACCAAGCAAGUGAACGGAAACUUCUGUACUCCACUCUUUUGCCUUGCUUUGGAAAUACCGUUAAUUGAAGUCAAUAGAAUCUUGACAAAGUAAACAGUUACUAUCUAGGUAGUUGGCGAAGUUGCUUUGUAGAGAGUAAACAGAAGACAAGCUUGGUCGGACGGAUUUUGCUCAUUUCGUCCCCCUCGACGCAGAACUAAUCAGAACGGCAAGGCCUGAGAUGGUGAACAGCCAGGUGACGGGCGGCUCGCCCCCGAGGUCGUGCGCGGGCUGCGGCGGCCGGAUAGCGGACCGCUUCCUGCUCUUCUCCAUGGAGCGGUACUGGCACACCCGCUGCCUGAAGUGUUCCUGCUGCCAAGCCCAGCUGGGCGAGAUCGGCACCACCUGCUACAGCAAGGGCGGCAUGAUCCUCUGCCGGAACGACUACAUCAGGCUGUUCGGACACAGCGGGGCUUGCAGCGCCUGCGGCCAGUCCAUCCCCGCCAGCGAGAUGGUGAUGCGGGCGCAGGGCAACGUGUACCACCUCAAGUGUUUCACUUGCGCUACCUGCCGAAACAGGCUGGUGCCGGGCGACCGCUUCCACUACGUCAACGGCACCAUCUUCUGCGAGCACGACCGGCCAGGCGGGGCCCUGCUGAGCAGUCACCUGCCCCCCCUGCAGAGCAACACAGUACUUCCAGACCAGAAGGUGUGCUGAGGUGGCUGGGGUCAGCCUCUGAGGUGUGCCUUCACCCCCCCUCCCUCCCCGACCCCCCUUCACCCC